AUGCUGGGUCAUACAGUCAAAGAGCUGCUGAUUGACAAAGGUGGAGAAUUUGACAGUAAGGAAGUUAAGGACAUGCUGCAAGCAGAAGGUGUUACUCAGAGGGUGACAGCACCCUACACAUUACAACAAAAUGGUGGAACUGAAAAGAUGCGUCCAAUACACUUUGACGUGUCUACAGCGUUCUUGUAUGGAGAACGAGAAGAAAUAAUAUUCAUGCAACAGCCAGAAGGAUAUAAUGAUGCCACAGAUGACAUAUUAGAUUGCUACAGCGAUGCAGACUUCGGAGGUUUCAACAAAACAGGACGGUCAACAUCUGAUGUACUUAUUACACAUGCAGAUGGAGCUAUCUCCUGGCUCAGCCAAAGACAGGCAGUGACUACAACAUCUACAACAGAAACAGAGCUGGUAGCUGCAAUAGAAGCUGUGAAGGAGAUUGUCUGUGUAGACUUUAGAGGGAUGAGAAAGCUGAGUGAAGUUCCAGUCCUUAAGGUUGACAAUCUGGCAACAGUGAAACUCGCACACAACCCAGAGUUCCAUCAUCGCACUAAACAUAUGAAAAUAGAGUAUUUCUUUGUCCGAGAAAAGGUUUCUGAUACAGUUGUGGAACCAUACAAUGCCACGUUGUCGGUACAUCAGUUACUGGAAAAUACUGAUGCAACAUACUGUAUCGACAACGAAGCCCUGUAUGACAUCUGCUUUCGAACACUGAAGCUGGCAGAACCAACUUAUGGUGAUCUGAAUCACCUUGUCUCCUUAACGGUGUCUGGUGUUACGGCGUGCCUCAGGUUUCCGGGACAGUUGAAUGCGGACUUGCGCAAAUUAGCAGUUAAUAUGGGUCCUUUCCCACGCCUGCAUUUUUUCAUGCCUGGGUUUGCCCCACUGACGGCUCGUGGCAGUCAGCGGUAUAGAGCCCUCACUGUUCCAGAGCUUAUGCAACAGAUGUUCGAUGCUAAGAACAUGAUGGCAGCUUGUGAUCCUCGCCAUGGUCGAUACUUGACUGUUGCAGCUAUCUUCAGAGGUAGAAUGCCCAUGAAAGAAGUGGAUGAGCAGAUGCUAAACAUCCAAAACAAAAACAGCAGCUACUUUGUAGAAUGGAUCCCACAUAAUGUUAAAACUGCAGUGUGUGACAUUCCACCCUGUGGGCUCAAAAUGUCUGCUACGUUCAUUGGAAAUUCUACUGCUAUUCAGGAGCUCUUAAAGCGCAUAUCUGAGCAGUUUACUGCUAUGUUCCGCUGUAAAGCUUUCCUUCAUCGGUAUACUGGAGAGGGGAUGGAUGAAAUGGAGUUUGCUGAAGCAGAGUCGAAUAUUAAUGACUUGGUGUCGGAGUACCAACAAUAUCAGGAAGCUACUGCAGAUGAAGAUGUUGAAUUUGAUGAUGAACAAGAGGAAGAAAUGGAAGAUGAAAAGUAGCGGGACAUUGUUCUAUUUUUGGCUGUACAUAAUGUAAUUAAAGCAGCUGGUGAAUUUGACGUUCCAGCUUUUUGUAAAGAU